GAGGAGCCCGGCAGGGCUGCGGCGCUGAAACCGAGAGCCCCGGGGCCGAGAGCGAGAGCCACGGAGCCGAGACCGAGGCCGAGAUCGAGACCGGCGUCGCUGCGGGGUCGUGGGGUCCCGCUGUGCGCGCCCUUGAAACCCCCUGUGCCCGCUAGGGAGGGAGGUGACGAGAUCCGUGCGGGGAAAUUUUCCCGGUUUCAGGUGGACGAGGCCGGAGCAGGGCAGAGCUUCCCUGUGCGAAUGCGGGUUCUGUGUGGAUGAGCCUCGGACGUGAAGGAUGGCCAGCGCUCCUGGGAAUCAGAAAGCCACACACUCAGAAAAUUCCCAAGGGAGGAAGUCCCAGCAUGCAGAAGAAGCCAUUUUUUACAUGAACUGCAGAGCAGCUUAUCUGACUGUCUUAAAAAGCAGCUUGGAAAAUAUUAAAUCAAAAGAACAACUCAGUUUAGUCCUUCAACAGGCUGGAAGAAAUCCCUCUCAGAAGACCAUUGACAAAUACUGGACUUCACAAACAACUUCACUGAAUUUUGAUGAUUUUUGUGCUAUUUUAAAAAAAGAAAAGCCAACUACAAAAAAUGAACUGCUCGAAGCAUUUGGGAAAAUAGACACAGAAAAGGCUGGAUAUAUUUUACAUGAUGAACUUUGUAAAAUUCUUACAACAAGAGGUGAUAAAAUGACCUGGGAGGAAGUGACCAGCAUUACUAAACAAGCUGAUUUUAACUGCAAUGGCAAACUCGACUACAACAAGUUCUGUGAGCUGUACCUGACCACCAGUGAGCAGUGCUGCAGAGCUGCAAGGGCCAGGCUGGAAAGUGACCCUCGACUGAGGCAGCAGCACUUUGGGAAUCAAACUGGAAAUUUCUCUGAAGGGAUGUCAAAACCAUCCCCGAGGGUCUCCAGGAAAACUGAUCACAAACUGCCUAAAGGUGACAGCAGAACUCCUUCAAGGCCUUCAUCAGCUCAAGGCAGCAAAGCUUCCACCUCCACCAGUGUCACUGUGGGUGCCAGCAGCAGCAGGAACACAAAGCUAAUUAUUGAGCCUGACACAAUGAAGGAAUGGCAAUGUGCACAGUCCAAAGGCUGCUUCUACCUGGAGGAAGAUGGGGAAAUCAUCAGUCACAAGUACAGGCUGCAGCUACCCCAAAGAUCUGCAGUGUGUAUCACCAUCAAGCCUUACAACAUUCCCCAGGCAGAGGGAAAAUCUUGUCACUGGUUGUCAGUGGAUACAGCUUUGUUUAUUCUGAAGGAAAGUGAAACCCAAGAGAAUCUGCAGCUUGUCAGCUUUACUGACCUCCAAAACGAAGAGAUGUUUGGCUGGAGAGGGGAGCUUGGAGCUGGGGUUUACUGGCUGCUCCCUUUCACAACUGGCUGCAGGCUGAGGAAGGUAAAAACCCAAAUUGCUGGAGAAGCCAAACUGCUGUGCAGGGAUGAAGAUGGAGAGCUGGCUCUCACCGAAGAAUUCCGUCUCCUGUCCUUUGCUUUGCUUCAUUCUGCUGUGUGUGCCACUGACCUUCUGCUGAGAACGAUUCUUCCCCUUCCUAGUUGUUUUGUAGCUGCCAAAACCCACAGGGUUUGUAAUCCUGGAUCACAUGGGGAAGGAAACUGUCACAGAGAAUUUCGAGAUGAAGAAGAACGAGCUAACGAGACAAGGAUUUCUGGAUUUGAACCUCAUGGAAGCCAACGACCGCGACGGGGACCCUUGGGACCUUUGGGUCACUUUGUUGUCCCUGGGCUACAACAAAGCCUUAGAAAUGACAGAGGUGGGAGAGCCACAGGGCAGAACUCGGUGCACGUGGAGCUGCUGGGAUUUUGUGUCUGCCGCAAACCCAUUGCAGGAGGGCAGGGACCCGCUGCCGCUGUCGUUGUCCUGAUUCUCAGCGCUUGGAGCUUUGAAAAAAGAAAUGUUCCUUUGCUUUAGAGGAAGCCAGGAUGUCGUGGGGUUAUAGAGGAAGGGAUUUUUGGAUUGGGUGUGUUAAAAGAAUUCAUGCACUCGGUUGGUGAGGAGUGAGAACAGGAUAAGGAUGGUAAACUGUGAUCUGUCAGCAAAUUUAGGAAAAAACAGGACUUUUUCUCCUGAAAAAAAAGUCGAUUUUGUGGCCCAAACCGCAACAGAAGUGGAUAAAGAUAAUUUUCUCCCACAUGAUUCAUAAUUCCUAGUUUCCAGACAUAACUGUUGCUGUUAUUGUUGCCUUUCACAACAGUGUCUGAAGAGGUUCAAAAGAAAAUUUUCAUGCUUCAUUAAAAUUUUUGGGUUUGGGUCACACGCUAUUUUGCAGCACCAGGGAUUAUUUCUGUGAUGUUUCUGUGCACUUAAAGAUUUUAUUAUUUAUUUAUUUUUAUAUCCUGCAAUGCGUAUUUCUGAUGUUACUAAUUCUUUCUAAAGAAAGAGGAUCUCUUUUAUGACGAGGAAAAAAAGAGAUGAAAAAUCAAAGCAUUAAAUAUACAGAUAAUGAAAUCAUUUAAUUCCUAGGAAAGGCAGAUUUUUAGGAUCACAGUCUGAUAAUAUUAUUUAACUCUGUUAAAGAGGUCAAUAUAUAAAAUAUAUAAAGACCUAAAAAUAGCCGUCGUGAGAGACAUCAGUUGUCUCUCAGGGAAAAUUUUGGGAUGGUGCUGAGGGAUUUAAGGAUGAGCAGCUCCUUUCCUUGUGGCUGGCAGAGCUCCUGCGUGGCUGCUUUUCUGCAUUUCAGCCACAAGAGAGAGCCCUCCUCCAGGAAAGAGCAUUUUGGGGAGGUUUUUUCUCCAGUCUGGAAUUUCAGGAGGGUGUUUUGUGCCUUGUUCCAGCUGCGGUUUCUGGCUCCAGCCUUUCCUUUCCAAAGGACAGCACAGCUCUCAAAUUCUUCAGUAAUGAAUCUAAAAGUGUCUCUCCCUUAACUCUGCAAUUCCUUGAUUUCAAAUAACUGAAGAUUGAUGUUUUGGGAGCGCUGAGACAGAACUUGAGAAAUCCUGGCAGAUUCCUACGGCCUUUAGGAAGGAAUUAAGGCGCUGUGAAAAUACAAACCCCAGGUUGUUACACCAGGAGUAAAAUGUAGCCAGUGCAACGUUGCAGGGGUGUUAAAUCUGUCUGGAGUGGCACAAACAGCAACAGUGUGACAGGUUUAUUUCAGACCCUGGAAUACAUUCGGAUUUCAUCCUCAUUCCUGGACACUUUGCUGUCCAAGGAAAGGUUUGCUGUGUUGAACUGUGUCAGGUGUACUGGGAAUGGCAUGAAAAAGGCCAGUUGUGCUUUGUUUUUUUAUUUGGUGUAAAAGAUUGCCACAGCUCAUGGUUUAUAAUGUUUAAUAUUCAGGGAAAUAUUUACAUCAGGGUCAUUCUAGUUCAAAUGUGAAAACACUUAGGAGCUGUGGGUGAAAAUCUGAGGGGAAAAUGUACAGCUUGAGUGAUGCUAAAACUCAUCUUCUUCACUCCAGGCCUGCCCCUUUGUCGUUGGCAUCUGUGCAGAGAGGUGCAAACCCAGAAUUAAAGCCAUUUCUCUGGAGGCAGGGGGCUCCCAGCUGAGCAGAGCUGUCUGCAGGUCUGUGCUUAAUAAAGGAGAGGCCAAAGUGCUGCAGGGC